AUGUCGGGGGCCCUGGACCUGAACCUCCUGAAAGGGAAUCUCUUCUUCCAAACUUCCGGUUCUGUGAGCUCGGCAUUGUUCCGUUCUUUAGGAUUCUGGAGGAUCUUUUCGGAGCUGGCUCUACAGGAUCAGGAUGGGCCUAUAAUAAUCAAGGUGGAAGAUGAUCCCACUUGGGAGCAAGAAUCUAGUCUGCAAAGUAACAGUCACCCCAACCAGGAGAUCUGGCGGCAACGCUUCAGACAGCUCUGCUACCAGGAGACACCUGGUCCUCGAGAGGCUCUGACCCGACUGCGGACACUCUGUUGUGAGUGGCUGAGACCAGAGAUGCACACUAAAGAAGAGAUCUUGGAACUGCUGGUGCUUGAGCAGUUCCUGAGUAUCCUGCCAGAGGAGCUCCAGAUAUGGUUGCAGGAACGACAUCCUGAAAGUGGUGAGGAGGUAGUGAUGUUACUGGAAGAUUUGGAGAGAGAACUGGAUGAACCAGGACAGCAGGUCUCAGCCCAUACCCAAGAACAAGCAUUAUUCUGGGAAGGGGUGACACCCCUGUUCCCAGCUCCAUUGACAUUAAGGAAGUCAUCAAGCAUUCGGAUUCAAGCCAUGGAGAGCCAGUUGAAAUGUGAAUCUGUGGAGCCUCAUAUUGUCCAAAAGAUUGAUUGUCAGUCCAAGCUUCAGAAUGAAGAGUCAACACCUAAAAAUGAAAUAUCCAAAGUAGAACCUCCAGCAGUGGUAUCAGGAAGAUUCAUAGGUGAUGUUGCUGAGAAAAACAAUUACAAAGACACACAUGAUCAUGAGAGUACAUUACAAAGGCAGUGGGAAAAACCUAUAGGAGAGAGAACAAGGAAAUACUCUUUCCAAGAGAGUGGGUCAAGAGAAGUCUCAAAUUUAAUCCAUCGUAAACUCUGCCCAGGAGAGAGAUGUUAUAAAUGUGUUGAGUGUGGAAAAAACUUCAGCAAUAGCUCAGACUUUAGUAAACAUCAGAGAAUUCACACUGGGGAGACACCCUAUAAAUGUAAAGAAUGUGAAAAAACUUUCAGAAGCAAAGCCAGCCUUAUUCAGCAUCAUAGGAUCCAUACUGGAGAGAAACCAUACCAGUGUAAUCAAUGUGGAAAAAGCUUUAGUCAGCAAGCAGGUCUUAUUUCACAUCAGAGACUUCACACUGGAGAGAGACCGUAUAAAUGUAAUGAAUGUGGAAAAACCUUCAGUCAUAGUUCAAAUCUUAUUAAACAUCAGAGAAUUCAUUCUAAGGAGAAGCCUUAUCAUUGUAAUAAAUGUGAGAAAGCCUUCUGUACUAAAUCAAACCUUUCUCAACAUCAGAGAGUACACAUGCCGAAGGCAGAAAAACAUGGUAGAUAUGGGGAAAACUCAGAAUUUGAUUCUUCCUUAUUAAAUGUAAAAGCGGAAUCAGUGGAGAAAAACUCUACAUUAUAAUAAAUAAAAGAAAGAUGUAAUUGGUAACUUAAACUUCAGUCAUAAUAAGUACUACAUGAAAGCUAGAAGAAUUGAAAAUUCCCAGAAACAAAGACUAAGCAGAGAAUAGCUAUUUUUCUGGUUAAUGGGUCUGAGAAGGCCCUCAGAUCUGAGCUGUAAUGGUCAAAAGCAGAAAGGUCUUAAACAUCCUAUUUCCAUUUCUCCCCAACAUACAUACACAAUCCCCUUACUUUUAUAUUUCCUUUAGAAAUUAGGAUGGGGAAUCAGUAAAGAAUCACUAAAAGCUUAACACAACCCCCAAACAGAAUACUACCUUGUAACUAGUGACCUCUGGCUACCACCCAAGGGAAUCAAUGCUUAUUUCACUUUAGACUACACCUUUGAGAUCUUGACUCUUCCCCUCUUUUCUGCUACUUUAUCUUUCCUGAAUAUCAGUGUAGCAGUUGGUAAUGGCAUCAUUGCCUAGAAAAUGCUAGAAGAUCUUAGCCAGUAGCUAAAAGUACCUGUUGAGAAGGAGUAAGGUUAAUCCUUGAAGAAUAAAGUGUAAGAUCAUUUUUGAUCCAAAGGAUUUAUUUCUCAGACAUAGAUAUGUUUUGCAUGUUUUAUCACUAGACCAGAGGAAAAUAAAAUAAACAGGGAGAGAAGAUACAAACAUAAAGGCUGCAGUUUCUUCCUCAUGCCAUUUGAGAACUAGAAAGACUAGGAAAUUAUACAGCAAGAAAAUGGAGAAGCCACUAGUUGUUCACAGCAAUCAUAUGAUUAUAUGAUUUGGUCAUAUCCUAUAACUGUUGAAGUUACAAGAUUCUUAAUAUAGUUAACCCUAUAGGGUUCAGUGGCCUGAAAUCUGGGAACCAUGUACUCACUUCAGGAUAGAUAUGAUGCUAAGAUCCAAGGUGAGAUAAAACCAGAAUUAGAUUAGAUUAAAGAGCAAUUUUAAUAAAUAAGGAUUAAUUUUUUAAAAAAUAACAUUGUACCUAACCUGUUUUUUUUUUCCCUUUAAAGCUUGUUCUGCAUAUUUCAUCUUUAAAUACAGUAGUCAUAAAAA